AUGGCUGGAAGGAAUGACGCUGCUAUUGCUACCGCAUUGGAAGCUUUGGCUCAGGCUGUGCAGCAUCAGCCUAAUGCUGGCGGGAAUGAUGGAUCUCGCAUGUUGGAGACCUUCCAGAGGAAUCAUCCACCUACGUUCAAAGGAAAGCAUGCCCCAGAAGGAGCACAAGAGUGGCUCAAGGAAGUUGAGAGGAUCUUUCGAGUUAUGGAAUAUUCAGAUGCACAAAAGAGAUUGGAAGGAGAAGGUACGACACUCACCUGUGAGGUAUUUCUCCGGGAAUUUCUAGUGAAGUAUUAUCCAGAGGAUGUCCGCGGCACGAAGGAGAUUGAGUAUCUGGAACUGAAACAAGGAGAAAUGUCAGUGACUGAGUAUGCUGCCAAGUUCGUGAAAUUGGUAAAUUUCUAUCCUCACUACAGCGAGGAGACUGCUGAGUUUUCAAAGUGUGUCAAAUUCGAAAAUGGAUUGCUGAUCGCGAAUUUACGUGUCUAUUAG